AUGUCACGUUUUGAUGUCACUCAACAGAAAGAAAUCGACGAUUUCAUGAUUCAACAAGAUGGAACAGAUAGCAAAAAAAAAUAUGGUGCCAAUGCUAUUCUCGGUAUCUCCAUUGCCGUUUGCAAAGCUGGAGCUGCACAUCGUAAUUUGCCGUUAUACAAAUACAUUGCAACACUUUCAAAUUCUAAUAUUCGUUUACCUGUACCUGCUUUCAACGUUAUCAACGGUGGAAGUCAUGCUGGUAAUAAAUUGGCAAUGCAAGAAUUCAUGCUCUUACCAACUGGAGCAAAAACAUUCAAAGAAGCAAUGCGCAUGGGUUCGGAAGUUUAUCAUCAUUUGAAAAAUUUAAUCAAAGCUGAAUACGGCCUUGAUGCAACGAACGUCGGUGACGAAGGUGGUUUCGCACCAAAUAUCGAAAGUGCUGAACGAGCACUUGAUAUUCUCGUCAAAGCUAUUGACAAAGCCGGCUACACUGGUAAAAUCAAAAUUGGCAUGGAUGUUGCUGCAAGUGAAUUUUAUGACGAAAAGGAACAGAAAUAUGAUUUAAACAACAAGGAAAAAGGCAAACCAAACUAUUUAACAAGCGAUCAAUUGGUCACAUACUACCUAAAUCAAAUUGAAAAGUAUCCAAUUAUCUCCAUUGAGGAUGGUUUUGAGCAAGACGAUUGGACUGGCUUUCAAACGCUUCUAACAUCUGUUAAAGGUCGUGGUGUACAACUUGUCGGUGAUGAUCUGACGGUAACAAAUGUAAAACGAAUUCAAUUAGCUAUUGAGAAGAAUGCAUGCGAUUGUCUACUACUCAAAGUUAAUCAAAUCGGUUCGGUUACAGAAGCCAUUGCAGCAUGCACCAUGGCUCGUGGUGCCGGCUGGGGUGUCAUGGUUAGCCAUCGAAGUGGUGAAACCGAAGAUAGCUUCAUUGCUGAUCUUGUUGUUGGCUUGGGUACUGGACAGAUCAAAACUGGAGCACCAUGCCGUUCGGAACGUUUGGCCAAAUACAACCAAUUAUUACGUAUUGAAGAAGAGCUUGGUAGCGAUGCUACCUAUGCUGGUUCAGAUGCUUUCAAGAAAAAUUAA